AUGGGUCGCAGAAAGAUCGAGAUCAAGGCCAUCAAGGAUGACCGGAACCGCUCAGUCACCUUUCUGAAGCGCAAGGGCGGUCUGUUCAAGAAGGCGCACGAGCUCUCUGUGCUCUGUUCCGUCGACGUCGCCGUCAUCAUCUUCGGCCACAACAAGAAGCUGUACGAGUUUUCAUCCGGCGACAUCAACGAAACCAUCGGUCGUUACCAAUAUUAUGGCGGCGCACAUGAACACAAGGGCCCGGAGGACUUCAUGGGCAAGAAGGACGGCGACGAAGACGAGGACGAGGACGAGGACGGCGCGCCUCCACGCGACUCGCACACCCCACCAGAGCAGCAUGGCCUGAUGCCGCACCACAUGCAGCACGCCCAAGUCUUCCAACACGUCCGGCACGUCACACCUUCAGCCUCUCCACCAAUACCGAGCGGCUUCCAGCACCGUGGCCCUUCACCGCAACCCGGCCACCACCUGUCGCGCCCGAACUCACGACUGGACCAACACCCUGGUCACGUUCGUCGAAGCUCCAACCUCGCACCUCCACAGCCAUACCCCUCGCAAGCACCGCCGCCGCCGCCUAGCUAUGCCUAUAUGCCGAACCCGCCCUUCUACAAUCCGCAAGCCGCUCAAAGACCGCCACAGGGCCCGCCUGGGCCUCAAUAUCAUUACACUCACCCCAUGCCGAAUCCGCAGGUACAGCAAUAUAUGCAGCAAGAGCAACGGAGACAGUCAAUGCCACCUGUACCACAGAUGCAGCCUUCACCACAGAUGCAGCCCUCACCACAAAUGCAGCCUACCGCGCAGAUGCAACCACAACACCCGUCACAGCAACAGCAGCAGCAGCAGCAGCAGCAACAACAACACCAACAGCAGAUCCAGCACCAACAGCAGCAGCAGGCAGAGCAACAACACCAACAGCAAUCACAACAGCAGCAGCAACAACAACAACAACAACAACAACAACAACAGCAACAGCAACAGCAACAACAACAGCAACAACAACAGCAACAACAACAGCAACAGCAACAGCAACAACAACAGCAACAACAACAAUCACAGACACCGCAAUCCCAACAACAGCAGCAACAUCAGCGACCGCCGCAGCCUACAAUCACCGUCCCAUCUCCGCCUCCGCCCCAACACGACUUCCAGAGCCCUCCACUUCCGCAACCGAGACCAUUACACGCAUCCGCCAAACACAGCAUCUUCACGCCGAUUGACGACAGCCAGUCUAUGCUAGCCGCACAUUGGGGUAGCAGUAGUUUAGUUCCCCUUCGCAGCGACAUUCAAGUCAUAAAGCAGGAGAAUCGAUCGCAGUCGAUUGAUGUAGCCGCCAUGUCACGCCUCCAGCCCAAUGGUGCCCAGCCCUUACAGCCGCCAAAAAUGUCCAGCCCGCAGCUACCGCAACCGCUCCAGCGAACACACUCGAGCCCAUCUGUACCCCCAAUCGCUCCGCUCGCACGAACGAACAGUUUACAGAUGGAUAAGAACAAGCCAAAACUGCGCGUCCAGAUCCCUAGUGAACACUCAGACGGAGGCAGCGCUACAGCCGAAUCAUCACCCAAAGACUCGAUCUCGGGCGCAACCCCAGCUCGCAGCACCGAUGCAUCACAUUCCUCAGGCGUCGUCCUCCCACCUCCCUCUCCCAGCGCAAACUCGCUCCUCAGCGCCGGCGCAACGGGGCCGCCCAAUCCCUUCGCACGACCUCCGCCGCCUACCAACAGCAACUCGUACGGCAGCAGCAACCGCGACAUGGAGACGCCCAUAUCAGCAUUGCCGAGCCGGUUUGUAGAGAACGGACUGUUGCCGUCGCCAAGCAGCUUCUACCCGGAGUGGGGCUUUGGGCGCGACUCCAACAUGCUCCCAAGCCCGUUGACCUUCCAAACACCGGUCGUGGGCAACGGGCCCUCUUUUGCGCGCGACGAGUCUGCAGAUCGCAAGCGCAAGACGUCUGACGGGGGGAGCGAUACCAGUCAGAAGAGGGUGAAGGCUUAG